AUGGAUAGGUUAAAUCGCAUGUUGGCUUCGGCUGGGAAUAUGGGCGGACUCAACAGCGCUGCACCCGGAUCUGAUAACACAACUUUGAUCGAUAACUCCGAAACCGUCUACAUUUCCUCCCUUGCGCUUUUAAAGAUGCUGCGACACGGCAGGGCUGGAGUACCUAUGGAAGUUAUGGGUCUGAUGCUGGGAGAGUUCGUAGACGACUUCACAGUACGAGUGGUCGAUGUUUUUGCUAUGCCGCAGAGUGGUACCGGUGUCAGUGUCGAGGCUGUUGACCCUGUGUUUCAAACGAAGAUGAUGGAUAUGUUAAGGCAAACUGGACGACCAGAAACUGUUGUUGGAUGGUACCAUUCGCAUCCUGGAUUUGGCUGCUGGCUCUCUUCGGUCGAUAUCAAUACCCAACAAUCCUUUGAGCAGUUGACACCUCGAGCCGUCGCAGUUGUUGUUGACCCCAUUCAAUCCGUCAAGGGCAAGGUCGUCAUUGAUGCUUUCCGCCUUAUCAACCCACAGUCACUCAUGCUCGGCCAAGAACCCCGCCAAAGUACAUCUAACUUGGGACAUCUCAACAAGCCUUCCAUUCAAGCGCUCAUCCACGGAUUAAACAGACACUACUACAGCAUUGGCAUCAACUACCGCAAGACCGCGUUAGAGGAGAACAUGUUGAUGAACCUACACAAGCACGUUUGGACCGAGGGCCUCCAGAUGGACGAUUUCCGCGUCGAAGGUGGCCGCAAUAACGAGCGCUUAAAGAAGCUGGUGGGGCUCGCGGAGGGAUAUGAGAAGAGAGUGAAGGAGGAAACAGAACUUACAAAAGACCAGCUGAAGACGAGAUAUGUUGGAAAGGUGGACCCAAAGAAGCACUUGGAGGACGUCGGACAACAGCUCAUCGAAGACAACAUCGUAUCCGUCUCAAGACAGAUGAUCGAUAAAGAGGCUUCUGCUCCGAAGGAGAAGUCUGAUGCGAACGGGCAUGCAAACGGUGAUGCUAUGGAUGUGGAGGAGGAGCUAUAAUGAUAUCUGCAUUACACUGUAUUGUACUAUAGGCGUUUGGUUCUCUCUAGCAUCAGGUAGAACUCUAUGCAAGGCGUGGUUCAUUGGGUGCUAGAGUCAAUAUCAGGAGCAUUUGCGGAGUUCUGAGUACAUCGCCUUAUCUUGUCAGUUGGUGAGCUUCUGCGAAAUCUAGUUGCAUCCUUCUUCCCCACUGAUUUAGUCGAUUCCCUCUGCACUGUUUCUGGUUCCAAUUGCUUCUCGCUGUUUUACGGUUGUUAUUACAGCACAAUGGCGAUCCCAAAAGAGACUGAUAAGGGCCGAUCGUCUUCUCCUCCCUUUUCAGCGUUCUUUUGAUUAUGGUUUGAGUACAUUUCAUCUGGGUGAGUUUGGGUUUGGGCAUCAAUGGGCUUGAAUCGUCCCUUCCUCGUUUGGCAAGAGGAGCGCUUGCCGAAACUCAAUUUGUCCAACCUUGAGUUGAGUCGAGUCUUAUUUCAACCUCGACUUGUUUCGAGUUCAGUCGUACGAAUUGUUCCAAUUUCAAUUUUUUGUUCGGUUUUCAAGACUGAAUCUCAUUGUCUGUCAUAAGCACCUCUGGUCUAUUUCUUACACUUGGCUAGAGCUGUGCUUUCUUAGAGUGCAAGGCCGUGACGUAUUGCUUAUGAGACCGUCAAGUCUGUAUACCAAUGCGACAUUCGAAAUCAGUUUCUUUGCACUCCAUCUAUGGAGGAUCAAUGCACUGCAUACUGCAUUUGCUGGGCUCCUCACACAGUGAGCAGGUUGGUAGUGCUUCUUUCUAUAAACCAUGAUGAGCAAGUGUUUACCUCGCUAGGGCGUUGAGCCGACCACGAAGCCCAACAUAUGUUCCUAAAAUAUUCCUUCACAGAUAACCAAGUUCAAGAUGUCAUGGCUGAUCUCUAGUGGGCUUGGGGAGCUAUCACCUACUUGAAAGAUUUCAGGGUCACACCUGCAACGACCACCAGUUAGACCGCGCUUUGGGGACAAUUGCACUUUGGCCACUAUGUCCAGCCUCGUGGUAAAGUCCCGAAAAGCCAUCUGUCGUUUUAACAUUCCUCGACGCACACAAACUAUGUGUGAACAACGCAGCUUCGUCAUGGAGACGCCGGUGAGGUAUGUGCCCUUGGGCAGGGAUAAAAUACAGCUGGGAGCGCGUGUGUCGGUCUUAGAUUCAAUAUUGGGGACGACAAGCUUUGCCGUCCAGUACUCCAAUUUCGUUUCACUUGCCAGCGGAUAAGUCAGUUGCAGGAGCUGGUAUGAAUUCAAUCACCCUGGCAUCAUGGAUAUUUGAUAAACCGUCAGCUCUGCAAGCAUUUGCACUUUGUUCAUCCCCGUCAUACAGACCGAGCUUCACCGGAUAUCGAUUUCACGUCGAAGCGAACAAAUGCACUUUUGCAACCUGCCUCAUGGGUCGAAGUCGAUGCGCUUGAAACUUCGAUCCUUCCAGUGCAGCCUUCUGCAAAGUCUAGAAAGCUACAUGUACCAUUCAACGGCGAUUACAAUAAUGCCAGCUUCGGAAUCGUCAUUGCAUGGACAAAUCAUCCAUCUAAAGGAGAAGUAUCAAGGCUGUCUGUCAAGGGCUCCGAUAGCUUGCAUGUCUACUCCCGCAUUUCCGGAUCUACAAAUUGUUCUCCAGUACACCGUACUCAGACACGAUUGGAGCCAAGUCGGGAGAAACUGAUCUGACUGCAGGGCUGAGGCGUGUCUUCCAAAUUGCUUCCAUGCAACCUUCCAUGCAGUCACCUUUUUCAGCUCCAGCACGAACUUGAAACAUUAUGCCGAUGCGCGCGGCUUUUUUCCCUAGAUGAGCAAAGAUAGAUGAAAGUGUUGCUGACUGCAGGAAGAAACUCCUGCUCCGAAUUUUAGGUCAAGGUUGAUGGAAACUGCAUGAGCGUCUCGCUUGGGAGGGGCUGUAGGCGGGAAGCCACGCUGCCACGGUUCAAAUCUUCAUCAUCC